UGUCACAAUAUGAAACACCUGCCACAGCAACCAAUGUUUUCCAUUUAGUCAUGCAGAAUCAAUUGUGCCUCGCUCCAAACUAGUGAACUUUAGUCUCUCUUGGUCAAUCUCAAACAACAAUAUACAAAAACACGAUCAACAACAUGUAAUUACAAAAAUCCUAGUGACAUAUGUAUGAAGAAAAAAGAACGUUCUUCUUUUAUUAAGCGCUCUGAUUCGAAGAGAACGAUGUUGGAAACGCGCUCUGCGACUUACAAAAUGAUGAAAGAAGAAGCCCAUGAUGAGAGGCAGAUAACUGAUUGGCCACCACCAUUCUCGUCUGAGACCACACCAUACAACGAGAAUGAUUUCGGCACUUUAAUCAGACGGACCUGCGAGAACAAAAACUUGACCCUCCGAAUUUCCAAGGUGAUCGUCAUAGGCGACGUUGCUGUCGGCAAAACAUCGUUGGUGAAUCGCUUCUGUCAUAGGCUCUUUGACAACAAUUACAAGGCUACCAUCGGCGUGGAUUUCGAGGUGGAGAGAUUCGACAUACUCGGCGUGCCUUUCCAUUUGCAAAUAUGGGAUACCGCGGGGCAGGAAAGAUUCAAGUGCAUAGCGGCGUCUUAUUAUCGUGGUGCUAAUGUAAUCAUGAUCGUUUUCGACUUGGGAAACCUGAUGUCGCUGACGCAUUGCCAACAAUGGUUGAACGAAGCAAGUCGCAGCAAUGUUGGUCCUCAUCAUAUUUUUCUAGUCGGUACUAAAAAGGAUCUGUUAUCUCAUCCAGUAUACGAAAUAAUCGAAAAACGAGCGGUUGAAGCAGCGAGAAGGAUGCGAGCGGAAUAUUGGGCAGUCUCGUCGAGAACAGGCAACGGGGUAUCAGAAUUGUUUAUGCGAAUUGCUGCACUCUCCUUUCACGCGAUGGUCCUGAGGGAGAUGCAGAGCUUAAAACUCGAGCCGAUCAACAUCGGUUCAGCAACGAUAACUUUGAAAAGACAUUCGAAGACCGAGAUAAAGCGACAGAGAAUGCCAAAGUGCUCCAAAUGCCCGACGUGA